ACUUUAAACACUUCUAUGGGCGCUAGAUUAAAAUUAGAGUCAGAGGGAAACGCAUCUUCAGAAAUGGAGGGACCAUUUAGGUUCCGUGUUUUGGAUUCAAAGAGCAGGCCUGAGGACACAAAGUGCUGAUUUAAGUUGUUUAGUAUACUCACAGUAUCUGUGAUUAUUUCAUCUCCGAUACUUAAUGAUUGUGGCAGCGUACAAUUUCGGCCCAUGCCCAUGGACAUGUCCUUUACAGCCUUCCAGAACUUUGAAGGAUUAUUUGAAUUUUCAGUCAUUUGAUUGACAUAAUAGUCAGAUUUAGCAUUACGAAUUUGAGAAGUACAUUUAUUUCUUAACUGCCGAAGAUGUAUCCAAUCUGAUUCAGAUUUUGAUUUUCGUGCACGUGCCCAUGCUACAUUUCUUUUGUGAAUGAUGUCAGACAGCUUAUCUGAGAACCAUGGAUUUUCACGUCCUUUAACCUUGAAUUUUCUCAGCGGGGCAUGCUUGUUUGCAACCUCUGAGAAUAAUGAUUUAAAAUAGGAUAAGGCCAUUUCACAGUCAGGGAUAAGAUACAGUUUUUCCCAGUCACAUAGAUGAAGAUCAUAUACAAAAGCUUGUUCACAAAAAUGCUUAAAAUGUCUUUUGAUUAAAAUAACAUUAAAAUUCGCGUUUAAUGUUAUUAUUUUAUAUAUAUUAUCUUUGCAAUAUGAUUAUCUUAUAUAAUGUUAUUACUAUCCUAAAACAUUCUCCAGGUCCUCUGAAACUCUGCAGGACUUAAGCCUAUUUCACACAGAGCUUUCGCGACACCCACUGCGGGGUAGGGUGCAGAGGACAGGAUUUGGGGGAGUACAGGCUCGUUCAGGAGCUACAGCUCCAUGGUGACCGCUUUCGGGUCUACUUCAGGCUCUUCUCUGCUAUUGGACGCGCGGCACCGAGGUGUCGUCACAGCGCGUUGCGAUAGUAUUUAAAAAAAUUUAAAUUCGAGGCAGGCUGGCGGCGCGCGCUGCUCAGCUCGGCGGCAUUGCGGUGCGCUCUUGCGCCGCGGUAGCACAUACACAAUGAAUGGGUUCGUCGGUGGAGGUCUGCGCUUUGCGCGCUCUGUGUGGAAAAGGGCUUUAUUUCCACCCUGCCCAGCAGCGGUCCUGUGGCGAACGGUCCCUAAAGGCCUCUAUACAUGAUUAGCUGUAAAACCGCUUUGUGCUGGCUGUCCCAUUGUUUGGAGAGGGCAGCAACGCCUGACAAAGCAGCACCGCUACCCUCGGCGUCGCAUAUUCAUUGUGCCGACAGUGGCUUGGAAAACCGCCCAUAACCGUGCCACACAGGGAAGACGGAAGAGGGAAGGCGGCUGGAGUUCCUCCAACAUUUGCAGUUAGAUUAUCAUAUUUUUUUAUUGACAAAAAUAUAGGCUGCUUCGGCUGAUUUUUUUUUUUUUAUUUAUUUUUUUUUUUUUUACGCGCACAUGUGCCCCUAAAUAUUUUUUUCAGUUCGCACACACCUAUUUUUAGUCGCAAAUGCGAGUGAAACACUCGCACUGUCGAGCCCUGUUCAUAGUACAGGUCCCUGGGAUGUGAUGUGUGUUUUGGCAAAUCAGAAAAAUGCUAAUACCAGGUAUAAAUACAAAAGUCUGUGUCAAAUGUCAUUAUUUAGAUAAUGUAUCUAGAUGCAGAUCAUAUGCUAACAGCAGGUGUAAAUUCUGUUGUCUGUUUUUGGAUUGAAAAUACAAAGCAUAUACAUACAAAAGUUUUGUUUUUUGUAUUUUUGUUAAAGGUAGGAUCUGGAGGAUUUUCAAACAAAACAAAAUAUAGACAUAUACAAAUGAAAUCCUGCUUAAUCAUCUCCUAUGGGCUUCUACUCGUGUGUUGGUGACUCUGUUUGCAGAGCUCCUGCCCUUUAACUGUAUUUUGAUGUUUUUGUGAGCUCGGACCGCUCGGAGAGAGCGCAGGUGCCGUGCCCGAGCGUGUCCGAGCGUGCACCAGCGCGAGCCUUGCCUAAACUUCUUCUGUGAAGCCUUCUUCCGUACCUCCGGGCUCCGUACACCCGGGAGAGUUGAGCCUGAUAGGAGGGGCCAAAUUAGAAUGUGUGUUUACAAACAGCAAAACAGCAACUGGAACCCAGACCCCACCUUUAAGACAGCUCCACCUUAUUUUUACAGCUUCUUCCAAGAAAGACAAGUUUGGUUAGUUGUGGUUAAGUUUGGAGCAGUUUGUCAGGGUAGUGCCAUGUUGUGAAUGCCGUUCCUUAUGAACUGAACUAUCACAUUUGGUCUCACCUACAUUAGCAGCUGCUCCUGAUUGGAACAUAACUACGCUGUGUCCUUAGAGCAAACAUGCAUCUGACUAUCACACCGUGUAGCGUAACAUCAGACCCUCUCCGUCCUCAUUGAAUCUAAUAAACAUGCACUAUGUUAUGUAAACAAACUACGGUAUUUUAGCAAAAGGAAAAGCAAAUAUGGUGCAUAUCAAACCUCCAGAUUCUCUUUGAAAUCUAUAAAGAAAAAAUACAUAUUUAUCGCCAGAGCUCGAAAACUGCUAGGCAGUCAUUUUGCUCUGAGAUCAUCAACAUCCUCUUUGCCACUGUUGACAGGUUAACCAACCCUCUGGUUCCACUAUCCCCCAAACUAGUUUCUACUGGGGGUGGUGGAAAUAAUCAAUUCUACAGGGAUGAUUCGUCAUGAACUUACAAGUGUCAGUAAUUGAUAAUCUAAAUGUUUGUUAAUAACAUAAUGUUGACAGAAGGAAACAGGCAAAACUCAACUGUGGGGGCAGUGCAGCACCCAGGCAGUCUACAGCAUUGACACGCAAGAGUUAACUCGUAAUUCAUCUUCACAGAAGGCAGUUCUUAAUUUAAUUUCUAAAUAAUUGCAUUUGCAAGACGAACAGAAAGUAUGUUGUGAAUACUUUCUAUGCCGUCACACUGAGACUGACGUUCACGAAGCCGAUCAACAGUAACAUUAACAAAUGAGACCAGCUGACCAGCACACACUGCAGUGGACUCUUUUAUUUAUUUUUAUUUUCACUUACCUUGCACUUUUAAAACUGUAAAUCUUUCACCUUUGUUCUAUUUUUUAUUACCCUUUAUUAAAACCCCAUGAAGCACAUUGAAUUGCCUCGGUGUAUGAAAUAUGCUGUACAAUUAAAAUUGCCUUGCCUUGCCCUGUUGGAGCCAAAGUGUCCAUAAGGCAAGAAACAGUAAACCAAUCGCACACUGAGUCAGGAUCAUCUACUCGUCUCCCUUCAGCAAAACUACAGAGAUGUGUAAAGGACUCUGUGACACUGUGUUUCUUGCUUUUCUUACAGAUCAUCCCAGUAGAGAAUUACUCCUCAGAUUCAAUGAUGGCCGAUUGAGACAGGCAUGGUGUCAGCCUUCAAGUGACACUCCCACCUCCCUUCCUUUUGUCUCGGUCAACACCCCUCCAAUCAUUUUAUUGUUGUAUUGUUUUACCUCGUCUCAGUUUCUGGUGCUACCAGGAAUCAGUCCGUCCUCUCUGUCACUUCCCUGUUACCUUCUCCAAGCUGAGGCUGACGGCUGUAAAUCCUUCACAAUGGUUGCUGAGGUAGACUCAGCGUCUCAGGGCAGUGGUGUGCGGCUGAAGCAGGAGAUUUCCCUCCUCCACGGGGUCUGUCUCAUUGUGGGGAAUAUGAUAGGCUCCGGUAUCUUUGUAUCACCUAAGGGAGUUCUCAUAUACACAGGCUCAUUUGGCUUGUCCCUGAUUGUAUGGGCCAUUGGAGGGGUAUUUUCUGUUGUUGGAGCGCUAUGCUAUGCUGAGCUGGGUACUACCAUCCGUAAAUCCGGAGCCUCCUAUGCCUACAUCCUGGAGGCCUUUGGAGGUUUCUUGGCUUUUAUCCGACUGUGGACGUCGUUGCUGAUAGUUGAGCCAGCUUGUCAGGCAGUGAUAGCGCUGACCUUCUCCAACUACCUGGUCCAGCCCUUCUACCCUACCUGUCCAUCCCCCUAUGUUGCAGUCCGUCUCCUCGCUGCUGUCAUCAUAUGUGCACUGACUUUUGUGAACUGUAUGAAAGUGAAAUGGGGCGCUAUUCUUCAGGUCGUCUCCACCGUAGCUAAGGUCCUCGCUCUCAUUGUUAUCAUCAUUACUGGCCUGGUUAAACUGGGACAAGGUUUUGACCAGAACUUUGAGGACUCGUUCAAAGGCUCCAAGCUGAACCCUGGUGACAUGGCCCUGGCCCUCUAUUCAGCUCUCUAUUCCUACUCCGGCUGGGACACACUCAACUUCAUUACAGAGGAGAUCAAAAACCCAGAGAGGAAUCUGCCCUUGUCCAUCGCUAUCUCCAUGCCUGUUGUCACUGUGAUCUACAUCCUGACCAACAUAGCUUACUACGUCGUCAUGGAUGCAGACAAAGUGCUUAGCAGUGAAGCUGUUGCUGUGACGUUUGCAGAUGAGGUGCUGGGCUGGGCUCGGUGGCUGAUCCCUCUAUCCGUGGCCAUUUCCUGCUACGGUGGCCUCAACUCCUCCAUCAUUGCUGCCUCCAGGUUGUUUUUUGUUGGUUCCCGAGAAGGCCACCUGCCUAAUGUCCUGUGCAUGAUCCACAUAAAGCGUUUCACCCCAAUUCCUGCACUGCUUUUCAAUGGUGGCAUGUCUCUGUUCUACUUGUCUGUGCCUGACGUUUUCCAGUUGAUCAACUAUUUCAGUUUCAACUACUGGUUGUUCAUCGGCCUGUCAAUAGCCAGCCAGAUCUACCUUCGUUUUAAAGCGCCUGAUCUGCACCGACCAGUUAAGCUCUCUUUGUUCUUCCCCAUCCUCUACUGCUUGUGCAGCAUAUUCCUGGUAGUGGUUCCCCUCUACAGCGACACCAUUAACUCUCUGGUGGGAAUUGCUGUGGCACUGUCUGGCGUACCAGUCUACUUCAUUUGCAUCCAUCUGCCACCCAGUUCCAGACCAGCCUUCCUCAAAGAUAUGCUCGAUGAGAUCUCUCUGUACACCCAAAAACUGUGCAUGUGUUGUGUGGCCUCGCCUGAUAUCGACUUGGACAAUAUAGACCCGGACAAGAUCGAGUGAUGGAACAACAAAGGCCUUGUGUGAAAUGCUGUAUGGAGGGAUAGCGGAGGAAGAAUGAACACAAAGGAAGCUGUGGGAUGCAGACAAUCAGGAUUUAGAUGAGUAUAGGUUGAUUGAUUAAAGAUGGAUGAACAAACUUGAGAUAUGAGCUCAACACACCUCCUCUCCUCCUCUCCUCUCACACAUGAGCCACAUGUGCAAAAGAGCAGGUUUUUAUUUAGAAUAAAUUAAAAUUGUGUAAGUGAUAACCCUCCAACAGAAAGCACUGUACAGAUUAAGCAAGUGAAACUUGAGCACACUCACACAUGCUCUUACACAAUGCAGUACUGGUUGUGCAGUUUCCUCCACACAUGCGCCCAUACUCAGCAACUCACACACACAUAAGCUGACCGAAAGCCUUAGUGUGACACUACGACAAAUGGAAAUUAACAACAUGAUCUACGAGGAAUUGACUCAGCGAAAUGCCUGAAGUGAUUUAUACACAAGCAGGAGGUUGGUACGGAAAAUACACCAUGGAUUUAGAAGCGUUCAUACCUUACAUGCGUUGGGUCACGUCUCUCAUUUUAACUAAGUUACUUACAUCAUGUGAAUGUGUGAAAGGUCGCCUGGGUGGUUUAAUGCUUGUGACCCUUUUUAAAAUUAUGCCUGUAACUCCUAAUCAGAGGUUGGAAACUGUAUGUUUUCAGUCUUAUUUGAACAUUGUUAGGGGCCUUAAGAUUAGAAGAUGACUCAGUGAUUAAAAAUUUAAAGUCUGAUUACGCAAGACCCCUCAGAUUUAUCUUGCAACCCAAUGGUGUGGGUCCUGACCACUGGUUUAAAUGCUGAAAGUUACAGACCUCAAGGCCGUCCCCCUGCUUGUGUGUGAAGGUUUUUAUUGGUUUGCAUCAACAUCAGACAGGUAAUUUUCCAUUAUGUGGUACUUGUAGAUGUGUUACAGUUCUAUUGUAGUGUUUUUUUAGAAUAAGCGUUUAAGCAGCAACUGUAUGGAUAUGGCAGCCAGACGACAGACCUCUGAGAACUAUAGCAAAUUUGCACAUCUUUGCAUUUUGUGUUUUGUUGUACAACUAGCUUGUUUAUAGAAAAGCUGUACUCUGAUCUGUUUCUGAACUGAAGGACCAAAAUGGACAGAUGAAAAUGGUUUGUAAUGAUUAGCUAGUGUCGAGGGAAGAAGAGAUUAUGUGCUGUUAUUUAUUGCAGUUUGAACAAGCUCGUGAUGCGUCAGCUCACUGCAGAUACGAUCAUAAAUCUGCUCAAACGUGCAGCCUGCUUUUGCUCCAACUCAGUCCAUGCAUGUGAAAUGUUUUAUUAUUUCCACUAAAUCCUUUAAAUGCACCUUCAGGGCUAUAUUUGAUUUCUGGUGCCUCCUAGUGGUGAUUUAUAUUUACCUCCAGGGACAAGCUGUAAGAUUUUAUGUUGUUAUGCUGUCAUCUUGUUCUCUCUUUUCAAACCAAUACAAACCAGUGAGAGGAAUAUUUAGUGUUAUGGAUAUCAAAAAAGGAAAAAAAAAUUUAACUGUGUGAUUUAGAGCUGUAAUGAUUAAUUGAUUAGUUGCCAGCUAUUAAAUUAAAUCAAUUAAUUUGAGUCUUUUUUUUUUUUUUUUUUU